CGGCGGCGCACUGGCUCUGCGCGUUCCUCAUCGCGCGCUUCACGCCGCAGAUGUUCCAGGCGAUGGGCUACGGUGUGUAUCUCUUCUUCGCCUCCCUGCUGGUCCUCUCCGUGCCGUUUGUGAUCUUCGUCGUGCCUGAGACGAAGCAGAUCCCGCUCGAGCGCAUGGAGGAGCUGUUCGCGUCGGAUCUCAAGCCCUGGAAGGCCCAUGGCGCCGUCAUGGCUCGUGUCCACGAGAAUCGCGCGGCGAAAACCGGGAACGACGCUCCAUCGAUUGACGAGAAGCCCGCUCAGUCCGAGCAGGAGCACGUUUGAGGAAUGUUGUGUAGUGCAUGUAAAUUGCGCCCAUGGCUUCGCUAGCUUGUACAUACAUACAUCACCACGCAACAUAUGCGGGAAUAGAUAUCUUGACCCUCUAUGAGACAAACGGGAUUCCCAGAUCCUCACAACCGCUUAUAAAGUUCGUCGAUCGACUUCCUGGCUCGCUCAGCCAUGACCUCGGGGCCGUUCUCCUCCCUCUCCGUCUCCGCCAGAAAUCCCUCAAGCGAGACCCACUGAUCCCAGCCGUAGUCGAUCAGCCACGUCCGCGCGAUAUCGACGACGGGGAGGUACCCGGGCGCCUCGAGCGGGAACGGCCGCGCGCUCCGCGACCACGCGAGGCGCGGGUCCCUAACCUCGAGCCCGUCGAACAGCGGCGAGUCGUCCGUGAGCGGCGGGUCCAGCCGCGACGCGUCGGAGAGCUGCACGUAGCGCACCGUCUCGCGCGGGCAGCUCGCGAGGAACUCCGCCAUCGAGUCGCGCACCGCGCGCUCGCCGCCGGGCCGCCGCCCGUCCGCCGCGCACGGGUCGCCCCACAGGCGCGCAUGGA